GCUACGGAAUGCCUUGCGGGCGCGCUCCGGAGUAGAAACGGGGUAGUUUUUAGUCAGUAAGAGUCUGACAGUCCCUCUCUCCUCACCCGGCGACAGAAGUCAUUGGAUGACUUUCUCCCCGUAAAAAUAUGCCCUGAGAAUCUAAAAAUUUCUGUAUCUACCAAUCAACUCAUUCAUAACAUUUCAUUACUUACUAAUACAAUGAGACAUUCUAUUUAUUGUUGCUCGUCUAUUAGAAGGAAGAUUGUCAUUGUAUGACAACAGUAUGAUUAUAUACCAACUAUUCUAUUGUUCCGAAAUGACGUCACCAAUCAGUCACUAAUUAAAAAUUAUAAAGUUGUAAAGUAAACAUUAUUGGUCAUUACAUUUCCCGACAUGUGGCUGGGAGCACGGAGUUUUCAAAUCAUCUUGAUUGUAUCCAUAAUCAAUGGCCUGCAUUCCAAACAUUCGAUACCGAGAAGUCCAUACGAUGUUAUAUCAGAGUUAAUGGAAACCGUUUCAUCGAACCCUUUGAUAGUGUAUCUAAACCCAACAGACCUGCCAGAUAAUUUUUACGAUGAGCAGGAACAGCAGAAUCCGCCAGCACAAUCAAUAGAAGAUGACCAUUUUAAUGUUGAUCAUAAAGCAGCUAAAGUGCAGAGUACAAAUAGUUUGUUUAAUGCUCUUCUAGGCAAUGUUCAUAAUUAUUUAAGGGAUGUUGACAGUAACCCACUCGAAAUACAAAAAGAAAAAGAACUAAUGAUCACCAACGCAUUACGGUCGAGAUGCGAGGCUAUAGUUAAAUGUGAGGAGAAAUGUCAAAAAGUGGAAAAUAAGAACAAAAGUUGCUCUGAUAGUGAUCCAAACUCGUGCAAUGAAAGUAGUUUAGCGACGACACCAAAACCUUACUGUCCAAAAAGCUGUAAAGCAGUCUUUGAUCAUCUGAUAAACUGCCCACCACCAGCAAAUAAGAAAAAGAAGAAAGAACAGAAGAAAAAUAUAGAAAAGAAGAAGAAAGGCUGUGCUACUGGAAAGACUUUGCCACCGAGCUGGAAACAGGCGCACAUGAAAGACGGUAUUCAUAAUAAUAGCAAGAAGUCUGGAGCUACAAAGCACGCAUAAUAACCCAAAAGCGGUAAAAACGUGUUAAAAGAUGUUUUGUUGUCAUAAUUUUCAUCGAUAACAAAUUUUGUUGGUAGAAAUUUAGGCUAAAAUAACUAAAUAGUUAAUAAAAGUCCUAUUGUGUAGGUACGUUACUUUAUCUUUGAACUUAACAAAAUCUUCUCAUUGUCAUUUUCUUUUUAUAAAUGGAUAAGAUAACUAUGUACAACUUGGUUACAAUUUUAUUGUAACUUCUGUGAGACAUACUAAAUUAAUAAUUAUGUUAUCGGCUUACUCGCGUAACUGUUUGACGAGGAACUCGACUAGUUUCAAGCCAUGCUAGAGGCUUAUAUUAUUCAUCAAACAGUUGCGUGAGUAAGCAGAUAGCAUAAUAAUUAACUGUCUUGGUCUGUCGUUUUUAAAAAUCUUAAAAUUUCUUGCUGUUUUUGCUUUUUUGUCUAAACCUAUAAAUUAUAUUUUAGUCUUUUGAAACAAUAUUGUCCAUAAGAAACGCUUCGGAAAGUAUCUUCUUCUCAUUCGUAUCACUCUUGACAGAGUGGUCGUGGUCAACACGUAGUGUCUGUGGGUUGUGUGGCAGAUGUUGCUCGCCUCACGAUGUCCCGCCAUCGCUCCCUGUUGGUGGUCAAUCUGGUGCACUCGUGCACGGGGUUACCAACCAUUGCCUUGACUUGAUCGGUCCAUCGCAUUGGAGAUCGUCCACGGUCUAGAGCCCUCCACUUUGCCUUGGACAACAAGGCGAUCCAAGGAGUCGUUGUCUCGCCUUGAAAUCGAAAAGUAUAACGUUUCUCAAAAAUAGACCGUUCUUCUGAUAAACUUUUCAUACGACAAACUCUCCGAUCCUUAUAAGAUUUGGUAAAUUCAGUAGGUAUUAUCUAUGUUUAUAACUUAAAUGUUUGUAAGAGAACUGUUGUGUUGUGCGAGUAUGUAAAAUUUGUUAACAAUACGUUUU